UCAUUUCACCAGAGACUUUCCACCAGAACGGUCAUGAGUCAAGUAAUCAUCAGCCAGGAGGUAAACGGUCGCCAGGAGGAAGGACGGCGACGUAGAGUUGCGGUCGUCGGAGCGGGUUUGGUGGGUUCACUGGCGGCCUUGAAUUUCGCCCGCAUGGGCAACCACGUGGAUUUGUACGAAUACCGGGAGGAUAUCCGUCAGGCUGCGCUGGUUCAGGGCAGGAGUAUUAACCUGGCUCUUUCGCAGAGGGGCCGCAAGGCCCUGGCUGCCGUGGGUCUGGAGGAAAAGAUCCUGGCCACCGCCAUACCUAUGAGGGGUAGAAUGCUGCACGAUGUCCGGGGAAACACCAGUGUGGUCCUAUACGAUCCUUGCACCAAGCAAUGUUUGUAUUCCGUGGGUCGCCGCCAGCUUAACGAAGUCCUUCUGGAUGCUUGUGAUAAGUUUCCCAAUAUCCACUGCCACUUUGAGCACAAAUUGACGAGUGCCAAGCUGAGAGAGGGUUCCAUGGAGUUCCGAAAUGCCAACGAGGAUGUAGUAGCCGCCCAGGCAGAUCUUAUAGUGGGCUGCGAUGGGGCCUUCAGUAGUGUUCGCCAGCAAUUGGUCCGUUUGCCGGGUUUUAAUUACUCCCAGGAGUAUAUCGAAACAGGUUACCUAGAACUUUGUAUACCCUCGAAAUCGGGUGAUUUCCAGAUGCCUGCCAACUAUCUGCACAUCUGGCCACGAAACUCCUUUAUGAUGAUCGCCUUGCCAAACCAGGAUAAGUCGUUCACGGUCACGCUUUCCAUGCCUUUUGAAGUCUUUGCAAAGAUUCAAAAUCAAAAUGAUCUACUGGAUUUCUUUCGCCUGAACUUUCCCGAUGCACUGCCACUCAUUGGAGAGCAACAGCUCGUUAAGGACUUUUUCAAAACCAGGCCACAGCACUUGGUGUCCAUUAAGUGCAGACCGUAUCACUAUGCUGAUAAGGCCUUAAUAUUGGGAGAUGCCGCCCAUGCCAUGGUUCCGUAUUAUGGCCAGGGAAUGAAUGCUGGGAUGGAGGAUGUUACGCUGUUGACCGGAAUUUUGGCCAAACAGUUGCCGCUGGACGAGGCUUUGGCCCAGUUUACUGAGUCCCGCUGGCAGGAUGCCUUUGCCAUUUGCGAUCUGGCCAUGUACAACUAUGUGGAGAUGCGCGAUUUGACCAAACGCUGGUCCUUUAAGCUCCGAAAAUGGCUGGACACUCUGCUUUUCCGUUUGUUUCCGGGCUGGAUUCCUCUCUAUAAUAGCGUGUCCUUUUCCAGUAUGCCUUAUAGCCAGUGCAUUGCCAAUAGAAAGUGGCAGGAUCAGCUUCUAAAACGUGUUUCAGGCGCCACUUUAUUGGCAGUGGUUCUGGCAGGAGGAGCCUUAUAUACACAACGUUUUUUAUGAAAUAAAUCAAAUAUCUUUAAGAAAUUU